AUGGACGCCCCUGAGGAGCCGCUGCCUCCGGUGAUCUACACCAUGGAGAACAAGCCUAUCGUCACCUGUGCUGGAGAUCAGAAUUUAUUUACCUCCAUUUACCCGACACUUUCCCAACAGCUUCCAAGAGAACCGAUGGAAUGGAGAAGGUCCUAUGGCCGGGCUCCAAAGAUGAUUCACCUGGAGUCUAACUUUGUUCAGUUCAAAGAGGAGCUGCUGCCCAAAGAAGGGAACAAAGCUCUGCUGACCUUCCCCUUCCUGCACGUUUACUGGACGGAGUGCUGUGAUACUGAAGUUUAUAAAGCUACUGUAAAGGAUGACCUCACCAAGUGGCAGAAUGUUCUGAAAGCAUAUAGCUCCGUGGACUGGUUAAUUGUGGUGGUUGAAAAUGAUGCCAAGAAAAAAAACAAAACCAACAUACUUCCCCGAACUUCCAUUGUGGACAAAAUAAGAAAUGAUUUCUGUAAUAAACAGAGUGACAGGUGUGUCGUGCUCUCCGAUCCCUUGAAGGACUCCUCCCGAACUCAGGAAUCCUGGAAUGCCUUCCUGACCAAACUCAGGACAUUGCUUCUUAUGUCUUUUACAAAAAACCUAGGCAAGUUUGAGGAUGACAUGAGGACCUUGAGGGAGAAGAGGACCGAGCCAGGCUGGAGCUUCUGUGAAUAUUUCAUGGUGCAGGAGGAGCUUGCCUUCGUCUUUGAGAUGCUGCAGCAGUUUGAAGAUGCCCUGGUGCAGUACGAUGAACUGGACGCCUUGUUUUCUCAGUAUGUUGUCAACUUUGGUGCUGGGGAUGGUGCGAACUGGCUGACUUUUUUCUGCCAGCCGGUGAAGAGCUGGAAUGGAUUGAUCCUCCGAAAGCCCAUAGAUAUGGAGAAGCGCGAAUUGAUACAGAGGCAAGAAGCCACCCUGUUAGAUCUGCGCAGUUACCUGUUCUCUCGCCAGUGCACCCUGCUCCUCUUCCUGCAGAGGCCGUGGGAGGUGGCUCAGCGCGCCCUAGCUCUGCUGCACAGCUGUGUGCAGGAGCUGAAGCUCCUGGAAGUCUCCGUGCCGCCCGGCGCCCUGGACUGCUGGGUGUUCCUGAGCUGCCUGGAGGUGCUGCAGAGGAUAGAAGGGUGCUGUGACCGGGCGCAGAUAGACUCGAACGUUGCCCACACCGUGGGCUUGUGGAGCUACGCCACGGAGAAGCUGAAGUCCCUGGGCUAUCUGUGUGGACUUGUGUCAGAAAAGGGACCUGACUCAGAGGACCUCAAUAGGACUGUGGAUCUUUUGGCAGGUUUGGGAGCCGAGCGGCCUGAGACAGCCAACACAGCUCAGAGUCCUUAUAAGAAACUCAAAGAAGCAUUAUCAUCAGUAGAAGCUUUUGAAAAGCACUACUUAGACUUGUCCCAUGCCACCAUCGAAAUGUUCACGAGUAUCGGGAGGAUUCGAUCUGCUAAGCUCGUUGGAAAGGAUCUGGCAGAGUUUUACAUGAGGAAGAAGUCUCCUCAGAAGGCAGAGAUGUAUCUUCAGGGAGCCUUGAAAAAUUACCUGGCUGAGGGCUGGGCGCUGCCAAUCACACACACAAGGAAGCAGCUCGCCGAAUGUCAGAAACGCCUUGGACAGAUUGAGAACUACCUUCAGACCAGCAGCCUCCUGGCCAGCGACCAGCACCUGACCGUGGAUGAGCGGGAGUACUUCUGCAGAGAGAUCCUCAGUUUCGCCAGCCAGCAGACGGACAGCCCAGGUCACAGGGUUGCCCUCCCUAUGCACUCCUUCGCACAGCUGCGCGACCUCCGCUUCACCCCUGCCAACGCCGUGGUCCACGUGGGUGGCGUCCUGUCUGUGGAGGUAACUGUGUGCAGUCAGAUGCCCAUGCCCAUCCCUGUGGAGCAGAUCGCCAUCCACGUCCACUUCAGCAUUGAGAAGAACAAUUACCGGAAGACCGCCGAGUGGCUCACCAAGCACAAGAUGGCCAAUGGGGUUGUCAGCUUCCCGGCGGAGGCCUCGCCCUUUCCCACAUCCCAGAGCAGCCUCCCCGCGCUGGAGCUCUACGAGAUGUUUGAGAGGAGUCCUUCCGACAACUCCCUGAACACCACAGGGAUCAUAUGCAAGAACGUCCACAUGCUCCUGCGGAGGCAGGAGAGCGGCACGUCCCUGGAGGCAUCUUCGGGCCUGGCUCUGGAGGACGGGGCCCACGUGCUGAGGUGUGCCGGCGUGACCCUGCAGCCGGGGCCCAACACAAUCGUGUUCAGGACGCAGGCCAGGGAGCCGGGAACGUACACGCUGCGGCAGUUGUGCGCCUCGCUGGGUCCCGUGUGGUUUGUGCUUCCUCACAUCUACCCGCUGGUGCAGUACGACGUAUACUCACAGGAGCCGCAGCUGCUUGUGGAGCCACUGGCUGAUAGCCUUUUGGCUGGCAUUCCUCAGAAGGUCAAGUUCACUGUCACUACUGGCCAUUAUACAGUAAAAAAUGGGGACAGCCUCCAGCUCAGCAACAUAGACGCUAUGCUUAUCCUGUGUCCUGAGGAGAACAAAGCUGUGAUCUAUUCUAACACAAGAGAAAAGGUUUCUGACGCGCUGCUCCGGGUUCAGUCAUCCGACAAGGUCACCAGCAUCAGUUUGCCGGCUGCACCCACGUACCACCUGAUCGAAUUUGAACUGGAAGUUCUCUCUUUACCUUCGGCUCCAGCAGCAGGAGGGGAGAGCACCCUGCUGGGGGUGACAGAGCCCCAUGGAAAGCAUAAGGACUCGCAGAAGACUGGCUACUGCAUGGCUACCACGGACCACAAAGUGUCCAUUGAUUGCCCAUGGUCCAUCUACUCCACCGUCAUCGCGCUCACAUUCAGCGUGCCCUUCAGGACCACGCACUCCCUGCUGUCAGCUGGGACACGGAAAUACGUUCAAGUAUGUGUCCAGAAUUUGUCAGAACUUGACUUUCAACUGUCAGAUAGUCAUCUUGUAGACACCCAUGAUAGUAUUGACCUGCGACUAAUACCGCUAAACACGGAAUCUGAACAGUGCAUCCACAGCAGGCAGGCCGUGUUCUUUGUCUGGGAGCUGAAGUGGACACAGGAGCCUCCCCCGUCUCUGCACUGCUGCUUCUCCAUCGGAUUCUCCCCAGCUUCCGAAGAACAGCUGUCUAUCUCCUUAAAGCCCUAUACCUACGAAUUUCAAGUGGAAAAUUUUUUUACCUUGUACAACGUGAGAGCGGAGAUAUCCCCGCCUCCGGGCAUGGAGCACUGUAGGACGGGCUCACUCUGCUCCCUGGACGUGUCCAUCACGCGGCUCUCGGACCUCCUAGAGGUGGAUAAGGAUGAAGCCCUGACGGAAUCUGACGAGUAUUUUUCAACAAAGUUGAUGUAUGAAGUUGUAGACAACAGCAGCAACUGGGCAGUGUGCGGGAAGAGCUCUGGAGUCAUCUCCAUGCCCGUGACAGCUCAGGCCACGCACCGUGUCCACAUGGAGGUGAUGCCGCUCUUUGCAGGCUACCUGCCGCUCCCCGACGUCAGGCUAUUCAAGUACCUCCCCCACCACUCUGCACAGUCCUCACAGCUGGAUGCGGAUAGCUGGAUAGAAAAUGACGGCCUGUCGGUGGACAAGCACGUGGACGACCAGCUGGACAGCGGCAGUGUCAAGAGCAGGGGCAGUGUGCUCUCAGCUGCCAGCAGCGAGCACAAAGGCCUGCCCAUGCCCCGGCUCCGAGCACUGCCCCCCGGCCAGGCCUUCAACUCGAGCGCGGGCACGCAGGUCCUGGUCAUCCCCAGCAAAGACGACCACGUUCUCGAAGUCAGCGUCACAUGA